AUGGCUACAAUCACGCUGCAGCCGGGUUAUUCCCAUUCCCCCCAGACCCCGACUCUUUCCCCAUCCCCCAUAUCCAUCAACUCGACCCUUCCCCGCCAUGGAGCUUGUGACGCCUGUCUGCGGAGGAAAAGCAGAUGCGCCAUGAACGAAAUGGUCAACAAGUGUUAUUCGUGCGAUUUCCAUCGCCAGGAGUGUACAUUUACCCUCACGGCCGAUACUCACCCCCACGCGCAACCCAAGAAAAGAAAGCUAUCCGAAUCCGAACCAGCCGAAGCGGUCAAGCGGUAUGCCACCAAUUCAGCCAUGACAAGCGCCAAUCCAUCUAACAAGGUUGCCAGACCUGCCAUGCAACAGUCCAGAGACGUUGGCCGAGAAGUGGGUGCCGAGUCGCAUUCCCACCAGCCGCGGAACAUGAUUCGUCCGGGCUUCUUUAACCAGUCCACCCAGCAUAUCGGUAUGACCACCGAGCUGGAACCGGCGUUGCUGGAAUAUCUCCCUCUCGACGAAUAUGAUGAAUGUACCGUUUCUAACUCGCGCGUGCGGAGGUGUGCCGAGGAUUCCACUUUUAUGCGUGUCGUUGAUACCGUGCCUGUCGGUGAUUCGCAGGUGUCGCUCGACGCCAUUGAGAGCUUGGUGGCCCCAUAUGGUUCGACCUUGAUUGAGAAGUUCUUCGAUCAUGUGCACCCUUCAUUCCCGAUUCUGAUUGAGGAGGCAUUCCGUCAAUCGUAUCGGGAACGUCGUGGAUUGUCGCCGCUGCUUCUAGCGUCUGUUUAUGUGUUGACGCUGAAGUUUGUGGAUGUCGGUGCAAACUCGCAGACGGCAAGGAAGCCCGAUGCUGCUCGUUUGGAGGCUGCGGCGAUGAAGUUGCUGCAGGAUUCUUUGCCUUUUCCCAGUCACUCGACUAUUCAGGCUGGCUUGCUGUUGACGCAAAAGUCGACGUUGGCUACGGCUUCGCUGAAUGGGCAGCUGGUCACGGCUGGAUUUGAGCUGGGCUUACAUCAAGACUGCACGAAUUGGCGAAUGAAGACUUGGGAGAAGGGUUUACGCAAACGGUUAGCGUGGGCAUUGUACAUGCAGGACAAAUGGUCGUCACUCGUCCACGGCCGCCCGUCUCACAUCUUUGCCUUCAACUGGACGGUUAAGGAUCUCGUGGAGCAGGACUUCCAAGAUGCCUUCACCUCCGGCACUGACUCUUCACACGAUGACGAAGCCGUCGGUCAUGGCCCGCUCCUCUUCUGCCACAUGGUAGCCCUAACAACCAUUCUCUCCGACAUCCUCGACCGCUUCUAUACUCUGCACGCCAUUGAAGAGUUUCAAGCAGCAGGCAACCAACGUACACGAAUGAUCCUUGAAAAAGCCAAACCCGCUCAAAUCAGACUGAAAGACUGGUUCUCCUCUCUCCCUCCAUCCCUAAAAAUGGAGACUUCCACCGGCGAACUCGUCGAAACCAUUACAGACGAACACGCCCGCAAUGGCGCUCUCCACCUCGCUUACUUUGCUACCGAAAUCACCCUACACCGCUGCAUAGUCCGCUCCCUGCUCGCAGAAGGCACAGACCCCUAUCUAGCCCACAUCUGCCGCUCGGCAGCCAAAACCCGCCUAAUUUCCGCAAUGGACUUUGUCAACCGCCUGCGACCAGCCCACCUCCGCUCCUUCUGGCCCGCCUCAGCAAGAACCAACUUUUCCUUGAUCGGCUCCUUCGGCAUGCUCCUCCGAAUCACAGCUCCAACAAGCGAAGAAGCAGACUUCUACCGCGUCCGCCUGUGCGAGUACCGCUGGACACUCGGCGUAAGCCACAAAAACGCCGCAUUCAUGGGCUUCGCCCUUCAGAGUCUGGACAACGCCACCGCACUUCACAAGCACGUCCCCGCCAAACCAGGUAUUGAGGAACUCAUGGCUGCGACGAAGGCCGCGCCACCACGUUUGCCCACGACUGCGCAUGGCACGUACGAUGAGGCUAUGAUGGAGGCUGGCACGGGCACCUCGUCCUCUGUCAUCUCUGGUCUUGCUUCGCCUGCUACUUCAGUCAGUGACAUUGAAGAUGGGGAUGUCUCUAUGCCGCCUCUCUGA